AUGGAGGACAUGACUGGACUGGACAAGAACGAGGUCCGCCGCAUGCGCCGCAUGCAGUCCAACCGCGAGAGCGCGCGGCGGUCGCGUAAGCGCAAGCAGGAGCACCUGCAGACGCUGGAGCAGCAGCUGGAGGACAUGCUCAGCCGCAUGCAGGACGCGCAGGCGCGCGCCGACGAGGCGGAGAGGCGGGCGCUUGCGCUUGAAGAUCAGCUGGGGCGUGCCAGGGACGAGAUUGAGCGCCUGGGUGGCGACCCGGCUCCCCACGAGGUGCGCAACGGCGGCGGCCAGCCCUCCAUUGAGGAGCAGCCGGCACCCGGCCCCGGCUUGAAGCGCCAGCGCAAGCAGCAGCAGCCCGCAGCGGCGCUGGCGGGCGAUGCCCUGGACGCGCGACACCACGACCCGGCGCCGGCCGCGAAGCGCGGGAAGCAGAACGGCGGCGCGCUCAACGGGCGAAGGCGCGUCAGCAGCAGCGGCGACGAGGAGUCAGAGUAG